UUUCGUAGCCACUUGUCAGUAGUCAAAAAAUCGACCACUUUCUCAAAUAGGUUGAAAUCGCACAUAUUGUAUUAAAAAUGGCAAAUAUAGAAGAAUUGAAGAAGAAAAUUAGUGAUUUGGAAGCUAAAUUGAAGGUAGCUCAAGGAAAUGUAGGACCAGUCCGACAGAAAAUUGAUGUAAUGUCAUCGGAAGUGGUUGACUCUAAUCCUUACAGUCGUCUUAUGGCUCUUAAGCGGAUGGGUAUAGUUGAUAACUAUGAAAAGAUCAGGGAGUUAUCUGUAGCUGUGGUGGGUGUUGGAGGUGUUGGUAGUGUCACAGCAGAGAUGCUUACCAGGUGUGGUAUUGGCAAGUUAAUACUAUUUGACUAUGAUAAAGUGGAACUGGCAAACAUGAAUCGGCUGUUCUUCCAGCCCCACCAAGCUGGGCUCAGCAAAGUGGAUGCUGCAGCCGGAACUCUUCAAUCAAUCAAUCCAGAUGUUGCUAUCGAUGCAUAUAACUAUAACAUAACCACAGUCGAAAACUUUCAAAAGUUCUGUGACACUAUUAGUACAGGCAGUCUUACUGGUGGCCCUGUAGAUCUGGUUCUGAGCUGUGUCGACAACUUUGAAGCUCGUAUGGCUAUCAACACGGCUUGCAAUGAACUAAAUCAACGUUGGUUUGAGUCUGGUGUUAGUGAAAAUGCUGUAUCAGGUCACAUACAGUUCAUUAUACCUGGAGAAACUGCGUGCUUUGCGUGUGCUCCGCCUCUCGUGGUGGCUUCCAAGAUUGACGAAAAAACACUGAAGAGGGAAGGUGUCUGUGCUGCAAGCUUGCCAACCACAAUGGGAAUAGUUGCAGGCUUUCUAGUUCAAAAUACAUUGAAGUACUUAUUAAAUUUUGGAAAUGUCAGUCACUAUUUGGGAUAUAGCGCACUGACUGACUUCUUCCCUACAAUGGCUUUGAAGCCGAACCCGCAGUGUGACGAUUCUUUCUGCCGCCAGCGUCAGACUGAGUUUAAGGCCAAGCCUAUAGUGGAGCUGGCCACCGAAGUUAAAGAGGAUUCAACUCCGAUCCAUGCCGAAAACGAGUGGGGUAUAAGUCUGGUCGAUGAGAACACUCCGGAGGAAGAAACAUCUAAUUUAAAGCUUGUCGACGGUGUUCAGGUAGCCUACAGCAUACCCGUGGAUAACAGCACGCCGGAGACCAGCUCCGGGGGAGCCGUGGCCGCCUCCGAGCUGUCUCUGGAAGAGCUGAUGCAGCAAAUGAAGUCCAUGUGAACGUCGUUCAGUGUGCUUUUAGCCAUAUCACUGUAGGAAUGAUAUCAAGCGUUUUGCUUUAUGGCAGACCAUAGACAUCUGCGUAGCCAGGUUUUUUUCUAGUAAUGUCAAUUUGAGUAAAGUUUCAUGUGCAUUAAAUUAAAAAUAUAUAUUUUUUUUUAAUACGACCUUGUAGUGUGUUUAUGCGUGACUAAUUCAUUUGUUAUUAUUUACAAUAAAUCUUUACCUUGAAACUUUUUUUAAGAGGGAGAAUGUGACCACCCUCAGACUCCUGGCUACGCUGAUGUGAUUAAAAUAUAUCUUGAAUUCAGUUAUGUUCACAGCGAUGUAACUUUACAUUUAAUGUUAAAAUCUAUCAGUUGACCCUAAAUGUGGGUUUACCCUAUAUAAAUGUAAUAGGAUGUUAAUCCAAUUUAGGUAAACUUGCGUGCUUAUCGGUGUAUGAAAGUCAACUAUCAUUAUUAAUAUAAUAUAAAUAUGCAAAGUUUAUAAAAUUCAUCAUUUAGUACAUAUCGCCCAUUUAUAUUUUAAAUUUAUUAUACAAUGACAUAUUUUUGAAUAAUCUAUAUGUUCAAGAUGUCGUUUGCUUAGAUUAAAACUUCUUGUUAUCCUCUUAAAGCUUGAUAUUUCAAUAUAAACCAUGUAAGAUAAUUAUCUGAUUACGUCACAAGCUGACUGAAAUAAAUUGUAUCAUCGCGGUUAAUCGCGGUUAGAGAGUUUGUAUUGGAUUAAUAUCAGGCGGAUUUGGUUAGUUGCUUAUGAAGUUAUAAUUUCAAGGUCGGAAGUAGUCACCAUAACCGCCAAGUAAUUUAAGAAACUGUAUAAAAUAGACAAAUUUUUCUGUUAUUAUUAAAAUUAUAAUACAAAUAUAUAGCAAGAGUUAAAAAAGACAAGUGGUCGACUAUCUAGGCUAGCUUUCAUCUUAACCUAUACGAAUAAUAUAGUCUAGGAGUUUAACGUUAAUCAGGAUCCAUCGGUCUGAUUUGAAAAAGAGAUUUUUCGAUAAUACCCAUCACAAGAGCGGGCACGGGGCUGCUGGUCUUCUAGAAAAAUCAAUUUCUAGUAAAGGCAUUUGUUUUUAAUAUAUCAUUGUACGAUUUUUAUUUCGUUUUGAUCUUUUUGUAUUUUUAGGCAAUGGUGCUAAUGAUGUGUAAUUUAUUUAUUAAUCAUAGUAGUUCACAAAUUUUAAAAUAAUUACAAUAAUCAAAUAUUAUUAAAGAUACUUAGAAACAUAUUUUAUUUAUUAGUCAAUUGUUUUUUUUUAAUGUAUUUUUAAUUGUAAAAUAUUCUUUAGUGUCUAAAAAGGCGAGAUUGUUAUUCAUAAAACACGUGUCACAAAUUUUGGGGAUUUUCCGAAACAUGGACUACUAAUAUUGAAUAUAUAUAUGCAUUUAAUGACGUAACGUUAACAGCCUAGAUAGUACGCAAGGGGGCGUACCGCCCUUAAUUAUUAAUCAUUAAAACGUCACAACCCAAAUAUAAGAUUAUUAUAAAAAAAAGAAUUGUAUAAAUUCAUGACAAAAAACAUUCCGAUGGAAUUUAUUGUUUAAAAAGUAGUUCUUAAGAUGUAAUUAUAUUUUUACAUGUUUUAAAUUUUAUAACGUAUUUAUUGUAUUGUUGCCAGAGCUAAGGAUGGAUGUCAUUUUGUUUAAUAUUAAAUGAUUUUUAAUAAUAUAAUUAAAUGUCUGCAGCGAGCAA